AUGCGAUCGAAAUAUAAUUUUUCAUUCGUAUUCAAAAUCUCUUGUUGUAAGAUGAAAAAUGACAUCAUCCGCUAAAAAACAGAAGGUUAAACUAACGGAGGAGACGAUAACUGAAUACAAGGCACAAUUUGAUGCAUUAGAUCAUGACAAAACGGGGAAAGUCUCCGUCCCAGAUGUAACUAUAUUAAUAAGAAGAGUAGGUCUGAUGCCAUCAAACCUAGAAAUUGAGGAGUUGAUAGCUGACGUGGACAAAGAGAAAACAGCACUUAUUGAAGGUAUAACGUUCGAUCAAUUUUGUGAAAUAGCAUCACGAAAGUACAAUGAAAUAUACACGGAAUCAGAUAUCGUUGAAGCUUUCCGUACAUUUGAUGUCGAAAAUAAUGGUUUCCUUUCAGCUUCUGAACUUCGUCGUGCACUGUGUACGGUGGGUGAGAAUCUCACUGAGGUGGAAAUGGAUGCAAUGUUAGAAAAAGCUAAAAUUGAUAGUGAUGGUAACGUGCACUACGAAGAAUUCGUCCGUUCUAUAACAUCAGACCUUUGAUAAAAGUUAAGAAAGUAUCCAAAGCGAAUACAAUAUGUGAAGAAUAAGAUGAUUUCGAAGUAGUGAUUAUUUUCAUUUUGCGAUUUUGGCAUCGCAUGUCUAAUAUAUAUCUAAUCGUCUUAAAUAGAUGUAUUAACCAAAGUUUUGAAA